AGCUGAAGAACAAAGCAGCAUUAGUCUUGGUGCUUUUAAUAGGCUUCAGAUUUCAAAUAUUACAUUUAAAAUAUGCUGAUUGGGAAAGGAUAGGGCUUUGUGAGAGUUUUAUGUAACAACUGAAAACGAGAAAUUUGUAAGAUGGAAAUAUAAYUAAAUUGGAGCAGAUCCUCUGAAUACGCAGCUGUUGUUUCUCUGGAGGAGCUUAAGAUGCUCGGUAAUGCAGCAGAGGACUGCUGAGAGCAGGCUGGUCUGUUUGCAGGACUUGGUGAACGCGUGCGUUCGCACAGCGCUGCGUAGGCUUGGCUUCACACAGUUUCCUCUUUGUCAGUCGGUCUGUCCCUCCGCCAGCUUCCCCUCUCUGCUUGCUCUUUCGCAGUAACUGGGAACAGUUCCUGCAGUAUGGGCGAUGAAAACCUGCAGACACCAGAGACAGCACUGGUGCUUCACACCACUUUGGACUCCAUGAUUUUUCUAGAUAGUCAGCCCCAACUAUGGGUGAUAUGUCUGACUCCUCCUUCCCUAAAGGUUUCAUGCAAAGUCCGUUAAAGUCUUACUUCAGGAAAUAUUUCUUCUGAGGAAGGUUUCUUAGCAAGAGCAGACAGAGCUCAGCCUUCCACCAUGCCUGUGCCCCCACCUCCAGCUCCCCCUCCACCCCCAACAUUGGCCUUGGCAAAUACUGAGAAGCCAUCCCUAAGCAGGUCAGAACAAGCAGGGCGAAAUGCUCUAUUGUCUGAUAUUACCAAAGGAAAAAAGCUCAAGAAGACUGUUACUAAUGACAGAAGUGCUCCAAUUCUAGACAAACCCAAAGGACCUGGAGGAGGUGGCGGUGGUGGCUUUGGAGGAGGUGGCGGUGGCAGCAGCGGGGGUUUUGGUGGUGGCAGUGGUGGCGGCUUUGGUGGUGGUGGGCCACCUGCCCUUGGAGGCCUUUUCCAAGCAGGAAUGCCAAAGCUCCGAUCUGCUGCAAGUCGAGAUGCUGACAGCGGGGGAGGCCGCCCGCCCGUCCUGCCGCCCGGAGGCCGCUCCGCUGCCGCCAAGCCCUUCUCGCCGCCGAGCGGCCCGCCGCGCUUCCCGGGGCCGCCCUCAGGGCCGCGCAGCGCCGCCCCGGACCUGCAGAGGAGCCGCGUGCCACCGCCGAGGCCCGACGCCGGCUCCAAGCCUGAGGCGACGCCGCCACCGGUGCCCAGCACGCCCCGGCCCAUCGCCUCCAGCCUGCACAACCGGGGGUCGCCGCCGGUGCCGGGGCUGAGCCGGCAGCCCAGCUUGGGGCCCUCGCCCCCGCCCUUCCCGGGCAGCCGGGGCGCAGGGUCGGCGGGGCCCCUCCGGCAGCCCGGCCCCGGCGCUGCGCCCCCCUUCUCGGGCCGGCCGCCGCUGCCUCGGCUGCCGCAGAGGAACAUCUCGCUGGGCUCAUGCCCCGCACCCAGCCCCGGCCGCUCCGGACCGCUGCCCCCACCGCCCGGCGAGAGGCCGCCGCCGCCCGUCAGAGACCCGCCCGGCCGCUCAGGCCCCCUGCCACCACCUCCUCCCAUAAGCAGGAAUGGAAGCACUUCAAGGGCUUUGCCUGCCACUCCCCAGCUGCCUUCCCGGGCAGGACUGGACAGCCAGCGAGGUGGAGCACGGCCUCCGCUUCCCCCGGACCGGCCGGGCUCGGCAGCGCCGCCGCCACCGCCACCACCUUCAGCAGCUGUCAGAAACGGCUUCCAGGAUCCAGGUGAUGAUGAAUGGGAAAGCAGAUUUUCAUUUCAUCCUAUAUCUGAUUUGCCACCUCCAGAGCCAUAUGUACCCAUGAACAGAAGUUAUCCCAGUAAACUAGCAAGAAAUGAAAGUAGAGGUGGGUCAGUCCGAAAAGAAAGAGGUGCCCCUCCGCUCCCACCUAUACCAAGGUGAAAUGGUUCUGGCCAAUCUUUGGGUGACAUCUGUUCUCAAGUUUCCUUCAAGUCAGCUCUCCUGUUGACAUGACUGGAAAGUUGUCUGUCUUGACUGAUUUCCACUUUUGGCUUGUCAGCUGGAACAAACUUCAGUCUCUAUUACAGAAGUAGUAGAUGUGGCUUAUGGACUAUAUUUGCUCAAAGCUAUGAAUUUUAUUUGCUUAUACUGCAGGCAUUUUGUGGACCAUACACAGCAUACGUGCAUCAUGCUUACCAUGUCCAGCCCUGUCCCCUGGAGAGCUCCACGGGAGGUCUGGCUUUGAAUUUGAUAGAGCUUGAACAAACCUGUUUCAUUUACUUUGGGUACAGUAGCUGUAUUAUUUUAAUGAUAAAGUUUUUGAUGUUUUAAAAAACAGUUGCUGGGUAAAAAGUGUAGCCAUGAGUCCCCUGGACCCUUCUUAGCAUGCCUAACUCAGCCCAUCCACUUCUGCAAGCCAUGGACCUACUACAUGGUGACAAAGAAUUCAUCUUUAACUUUUUCACUUCAUCUUAGUCAAACAAAWUUUAAACAACACACAGGACAUCGUGCCUCAAGGAUGGAGUGUCUCUGGCCUUGUUUUUAUCUGCAGAGAAUCUUCCAAAGAAAAGCACAAGUGAAGAAUUCUUCAGCAUAAAAAGAUAUAUUUUUUUAUCCCUCUUUCCUAUUUUUUAWAUAGUGUUAUGCGUUCUGUGACCUAAUUCAUUCCUACUCUUAUGYGGACCAACUCACAUCAUGUCAUCCRUGCUCUGGAUUGCUGUAAUGCCCUCUGCCUGAUACUGCAUGCGAAGAGUCCUCAGAAAGUAGUCUGGGUGCAAAUACAGCAAUUACUGUAAUUGCAGGCUCCUCCUGUARAGCAUCACUAAUGCCAGUGCUCCACAGACUGCUUUUCAGUUGUUUCUUUGGUACAACUAAAUGAUGGGGUGUGACUUAAAAAGCUUCUUGGCAUUUAGGUCACAAGUCUCAGAGAGAUUGUGUUUGACUUGCAUUAUGGGGGAGCAACUGAAGUAAAAAUUGUUCCUAAGUGAAAGCCCUUUGAUGUUGUGAAAGGGGUCCAGGGUUUGUGCAUUCAGAUGGGAGCAUCCAAAAUUUGCUGUCUGCAGUGGUUCAAGAGAAAUGGAAUAAUUUGGUCUUCAGAGUUUACCAUGAAGCCAGUCCUUUAAAACUUUGCUGAAAGGAGUCUCUGCAGAGAGCUGCAAGGCUUAUAUUAGUAGAAGAAAGAGUAUUCUAACAUUGUGACAAGUGGUUAAUAUGUUUAAUGGCUUUUGAAUUUUGUAUAUAAGAAAAGAGCUCAUUGUUUGAGUGAAUGUUACAAGUGGAUCUGAGUGCGUAUAAAGUGCCUUUGGAAAUUAGAGGAAGAUUAUAAUUCUGGAUUUGAAAUAUUGGUGAAUGAUAGCUCUUUGUUAAUUGGACCUCUAAAGUAUGGCUCUGAAAAAUUUCCCCUCAGUCUCAUCAGCAGUAUGUUUUCUUCAGCGUUCUCCUUGGGAUCCCUACCAAGCCUGUGUCAGCAGUCAUGCUUCACGGAGUGUUGUUAAAAAAAAACUGAAACAAAACAUCAAAACUAGGCAUGUAGGUUAAGAAAAUGUUUCUCUAGCAUGGAAGACAUGAUCCUAAGCACACUCUGUGGCUAGAAUGAGGUSAGUCCUUGAAAACCUAGGGAAUUUAGCCAAAGAGAGUCUGGACCCCACUGAAAUGUCUGUGCAUAGGGCUUUUUGCUCUGUGAGCGAGGAGGGGYAGAUCCCCUGUCUGCCUGACAGCCUGGACAUCACAUUGAAGGGGAUGAGACUAGAGUUGGAUUUGGCCAUUUAAUUUGGUCUUUUCAGUGUUUGUUUACAAAAUCUUGCCAGCUGUGAUAGCAUUUCAUUAUGUACCUGUUUUUUACAUUUUUAUAUCURAUGACCUAUUUUAAGUUACUGUUUAUGGUCUUGAACCUGCAAUGAAAUGCGCAGGCGCGGGGAUGUAUCUGCAUCCAGUUGCAGGAUCGUGGCUGUAAGAGUUUCUUAAACAGAUACUGGUGGGACCUCCAUGUGACAGGUGCACCUUGGGAUCAAACCUAGCACAAUGCUGAAUUUGUUAUAUGUAUUUUAUGGAUGUCACUUAAAGUGCCUGUCUCUUUGGGAUAUUACUGUGUGAAUAGAAGUCCAAAUAAGAUUUUUAAGAUAAUAACUUAAAAGAUAAAUUAUUGUAUUCAUAUUUUAAAACUGAAGCACUUAAUAACUUUCUAAGGAACAAUGUUUUGAAUUUAAAAAUACAAUAUUUUCAGUACCUUGACCUGCCAAAUCCUUGUUAAUAUCCAUAUAGCUAUGCAGCCAAAAAAACACCCCAACCCUACAGAAAAUACAUGUUUUUUGUAAUUUACCUGCUUCCAACAUGACUGUUUUGUAAGUCAAUUAAAAUGCUGCCCAAUGUCCUGACAACUCUCUGUAUCACUCAAAAUAUCUUGUAUUUGAUCUUUUCAGCAAGGUUUUCUGACCAGAAAUCUGGACCACUACCAAAGACUUGGAAAACCAGCUUCAGUUUCAUUCAAAAUGUGCUGUAUAAAAGGCUCCUAGUUAACAAGCCAAGAAUCCUGAGCUGCUUAGGUUUUAGCAAUUCUUUUUUCCUCUAGAAACGUCUUCAGAAUGGACGUUUGGCAUACAUGUAAAAUAGCUUAACACUGCAGAAAGAGGCAUUUUUGUUCACAUAACGUUUCCAUUUAUAUGUUAUGCUGGAAUAUAUCCCUAGAUAUAUUCCAGAACAAUGCAGCAUUUUAUCAUUCAAUAUAUUGCUUCAUGUAACAGUAGCUAUUCACAGUAUGAUCAGUAUUAAAGUAUUUAUUUCACUAUGAAGUGUUAAAAAGCAUAAUACAAACCAGAUUGAAUCAAUGGUGCCUUAUGACUUUUUUAGUCAACUUUUCUAUGUCUCAAUAGAAAAAUUAAUAGAAGUUGCUCUUCCAGGUACUAACAUAAAUAGUGCCGACAGUAGCAUUUUACAGUGUUUGAGCCAAACCCUGCUGUUGUUAUGUGCUCAGUCUGCACAACCAGGUGGACUGGUUGGCUUCACAAUCAAUUGCUGAUAUCACACUGAAAAUUUAAACCUGUCCCCAAACCAGUGUGUGACGCUGCUGCUCACACARUCCAGCUGACUUCAGUGUGGUUCAAUAGGUUACUGAACUAAAUUUUAAUCACUGCUUGCAUAUAAGAUUUGCUGGGUUUGUUUCCAUGGCAUUGUAUUAUAAACCUUUACACCUCAUGCUGUCUUCUUACAUUACCACUAAGGCUCACAUUGUGUGAAAACAGCCGUGGAUGUUCAUUUUUGUUUAAUUCAACUCCAUAAAUAAAAUGAGAGUAACUUUCGUACCAUGUAAAAAUAAUUCCUCCUUUAUAUUUUUGGAAGAAAAGCACAUGUUAUGUUUGUUGUAACUCUGCAUUAGCCACUGGGAGAAGAGGUCACAGUGAUGAAUGUUCAGAGUUGUKAAAGGAAACUCAGUUUGUGAUUCAGGAAGUAAAUAUUUCUGUAAAUGAAAUAAAUAAGGUUGCAAAGUUCUUGUUUAAAAGCUGGCAUUUCCCAACACCAAAAGAAUCAUAAGAUUUUUUUUUUUUUCUGCAAAACAGAACUGUGAAAGAAGUUCCUUACAUUGUCACUUAAAAAACUGGGCGGUAGUUUCUUCUUGCAGCAUCAACUAUUUACAUGACACUUGUAGGUCUGUCUUGGAGCAGAGGAUAAAGGAGCUAAAUUCCUAUCAUGCAUCACAUGUAUUGUAAUACAACAAUUUUCUGUACAGAAGUAUGGAAAUAGAAAGGGUACUUUUUGCCUUGGAACUAAAGAAUGGAGUUGAAUGAUCAAACUGAGAUUAUUUCACCCAGAAUGUCAAAUGCUGAGGGACUUAAAAAGGGCCCCUUGGCCAUGGGAUGCUGGAAAAGAGAAGAUUGCUCAAKGAAAUAACAACAUUCAGCCAAUUGUUUUUUACCAGUACUGGAGUAAAAAUUACGGUAUAAAAUGUGCAUGCUUGUUGUUCCACAUUGCAGUGGUGUGAGCACCUUUGUCUCAGAGUURUGUGCAAACAACCUGCUACAGCGGUACAUUGACUCAGUAUAACGCAGAUUGUGUGAGCUUUAAUCUUUCAAACAGUAUUCGCCAGAAAAUAAGGAGAAUCUCACCUAAGAUACCCAGGAGCACAUUAAGUGCAAAUUCAUGGAAUGGUUCUUCAUGUAAAUUGGAUGAAAAUGGUAAUCUUGUAGCCUGUAAGAUGGAUGUGCUUGGACCAUCAGUUAAAACCUUAACUGGAGCAUUGACAAGGAGGGGAGUAUUGGAGUAACUGAGGCAGAAGCAGGGCACGUGUAUGGUCUCAGUGAGUAUGCAGCAGGUAGGUACGCUCUGAAAAAGAGAAAAUGGAAACCGCAUGUCUUGAAAAAGGGGGUAACCUUUCAUGUAUGUUUCCAUUUUGAAACACAGUUUGUGAUGAAUAUUCCUUAGUGUAAACUAUUGCAUGCAGGGGAAGACAUCUGRAUUUGGACUUCAAAAGCCACACAAGAGAGGGAAACAUAAAACAGGCUGAGCAGAAAGUAAUAUUUUUGUCAGUUGCUUAAAGUUUGAGCUUUUUAUAAAAUAUUAAUCUAGUUCUGUGAAUUUUUUUGCUUAACAUUUAUUUUGUAAGUGAUUUUGUUCUUCUUAUUUUUCUGUCUUAUACCAAAUAAAUUUUACUUUUAUUUAAUUGCUGGUGCAGACUGUUACAUUGAGGACAACCACAGUUGCAUCUUUAACAAAAGUGCAYGUUGGCUUCAGCAGGAGCAUAGCAGUGAGCCUGGCAGGAGCUGGGGUGAGCUGUUCUCCUCUCCUGCCUGCCAGUGCACAGCAGCACAGCAGUAAUGCUCAGAGGACUUUGGUCCUACAUACAAUGAAGAUUAGACAC